AAGAAAAUUAACCAUUUUCUAUACGGGUUCAUCAGUAUCAGGACCUAACCAAAAUUAGCAGAGAUGGACUGGUUUCAAGUCACCAAACCUUCGCAAGUGCCACUUCUACAAUUAAUAGCGUCAAUAGAAAAUGCUCCAAAGCAAGGAUACGCCAUUUCGGUUCAAUUAGUCUGCUCUGGCUCAGGCAGUUGGAGGUUCCCGGGAUGUUUUAAUCGGCGAUCGCCCUUUAUAAUCCCAGCCGGGGGCAUGGGCGUGGGGGUAUGUGGGGCGAAGUCAUUAGCGAUUCACCCCGGAAAAACUGACGGGGAACUGAGCCAGCCACCAAACCCCUCUCAAAGCUAUAUUAUUACUGCUGUGGAAAGAGACUUUUUGUUAAUUGUCUAUCCCUAAUAAUAAUCAAUGUUCUAUAUCAACAGUAUGCCAUACUUGGAAGCUUGCAUCCGCGAGCAGAUGCGAGUCGACACCGUGGUGCCCUUGGGCGUACCGCACCGAGCCAUGACUGAUACUAAAAUAGGGAGCUAUGAUGUGCCAGAGGGUACCAUGAUAAGCGUUAACUUAACGAUGUUGAGUAUGGACAAGGAAAUUUGGGGUGACCCGGAGAACUUCCGUCCAGAGAGGUACAUUAAGAAUGGAGUGCUGGAUGUGGCCAGUGACAAGAACUUACCCUUCGGUGCAGGGAGAAGAUUAUGUGCCGGUGAGACCUACGCCCGGCAGUCAAUGUUCCAAGUGUUCGCAGCGUUCAUGCAGGCAUUUAGCGUGUCUACUGCUGACGGGAAACCUCUGAAGAAGCCAUCACGAAGGAUCCAAGGCAUCAUCACCACGAUCCCAGAGUUCUGGGUCAAACUUACCCCCAGAACAUGAAACAUAAUACAAAAUUUAUCAU